GUGUGCCUGGUGGGCGUCGGACCGGGCGACCCGGGCUUGCUCACGCUUCGCGCGUAUCAGCUCAUGCAGACCGCGGACGUGGUGCUGUACGAUCGAUUGGUGUCGAACGAGAUCCUGAAUCUCGCGCGCGCGGAGGCGCGGAUGGUGUACGUGGGGAAGCGAGCGGGGUACCACACGCGGACGCAGGAGGAGAUACACGAACUGCUGGCGGCGUUCGCGGACGCCGGGGCGACGAUCCUGCGGUUGAAGGGCGGGGAUCCGCUGGUGUUCGGGCGCGGCGGGGAGGAGUUCGAGUUCCUGCGCGAGCACAAUCCGAACGUGCGCGUGGAGGUGGUUCCGGGAAUCACCGCGGCGGCGGGCGUCGGGAGCGAGCUCGGCAUACCGCUCACGCACCGCGGGGUGGCGACGUCGGUGCGGUUGUUGACCGGACAUCUGCGCGAGGGCGCGGGCGAUCCGGUGGAUUUCGCGGUGACGAGCGCCGACGUCGAGACGACGCUCGUCGUCUACAUGGGUCUGGGCACGCUCCCGAAGCUCAGCGAAAAGCUCAUCGCGAGCGGAUUUCCGGCCGAUAUGCCCGCGGUGGCGAUCGAGCGCGGCACGACCGUGGACGAACGUCGAGUGUUUAGCUCCAUCGAGCACCUACCCGAAGCCGCGGCGGCGUGCGAGCUCGUGUCGCCGACGCUCCUCAUCGUCGGUCGCACGGUGACGCUCAGCCCGCACUGGCCGUACGCCGCGGACGAAUCCUCG